AUCGAUGAAGAAGAAGAAGAAGAAGAAGAAGUUUGUUUUCCAAGAUGACGGAAACCAACGCAUCGCCAGAAGAUCUUUGGAUCAAACAGGCAGACAGCGCUUUCAGCGACAACGGAUUUGAGCACAGCUUCUUUGCAGAGGACACGAGGAAAGGAAGUGUGGUCUCCAGAGCCAACAGCAUCGGUUCCACCAGUGCCUCAUCGGUGCCGAACACAGACGAUGAAGACAGUGACUACAGACACGAGGGGUCCUACAAGGGGACGUACAAGGACCGCCGCAGGCAGGCGCACACACAGGCUGAGCAGAAACGCCGGGACGCCAUCAAGAAAGGCUAUGACGAUCUCCAGUCAAUAGUGCCCACUUGCCAGCAGCCAUCAGAGUUUGCCAUGGGGACACAGAAGAUCAGUAAGGCGACCGUCCUACAGAAAACAAUUGACUACAUCCAGUUUCUGCAUAAAGAGAAGAAGAAGCAGGAAGAGGAAGUGUCCACACUACGAAAGGAAGUGAUGGCACUGAAGAUCAUGAAAAUGAAUUAUGAGCAAAUUGUGAAAGCGCACCAGGACAAUCCACAAGAGGGUGACAGCCAGGUGUCAGACCAGGUGAAAUUUGGAAUAUUCCAGAACAUCAUGGACUGCCUCUUCCAGUCCUUCAGCGCCUCUGUCUCGGUAACCAGCUUCCAGGAGCUGUCAGCCUGCGUCUUCAGCUGGAUUGAAGAGCACUGCAAGCCCCAGACGCUGCGGGAGUUUGUGGUGGGUGUACUUCAGCAGAUGAACGGCCAGCUUUACUGACACAUGCAGCAGGAUCUGUGGGGCCUUCAGGGAGAACAGCCUGGCCCCGCCUCGGUGUUUCUGCUCCAGCCCACAGCCCACAGCCGGUCCCCUGGGACCCACUGGCUCGCCAUGUGCCCACAGCUCUUACCCGCUUAAAGUCAUUGAUGUUCCAGGUGCAAAAGACCGCUGGUGACAUUCGGGCACCUCUGAAACCUCCAGGACUGCAGUUGCCCAGGCCUGGCCUCUUGAGAAGAGUUCUGCAGCAUGUCCAGCCACUCUGUGGUACUCCAUGUGUUCAGCAGUCAGUGUUCCUGUUUUACCUCUCAUGCUGUUUCCUCAGGCUCAGCUUCCUCAUCUGAUAGACUGCGGGGGAGUCUGGCGGCGUGAUUCUCUGUUCUCCCUUUUCUUUGUUGCUCAAGGGUUUCUAUUGAUCUGCAUACUUUAGAGGGUUAAUUAAGUUUCCCCAUCAUCACUCCCGGUAUUCAGAUAACUAUAAACACACAUAUCUACA